AUGGCGCCCCUCCGCCGCUAUCUCCGCAUCACCAAAUAUUCUGUUUUAGAAUGUCGCAUAUACCUCGAAAGUCCGUCAGAUAAUCGUUGGCUCCUGAGCUCUCCAGAUCCUGUCCUCCCACGCGUGUUCGCCGCAGUUCGCCCGCUGGUACUACCUAAGCUGCGAGAAGAGAACGAGCGACGAUGGGCCCGGAAGAAAAGCAAAGCUACCAAAGAUGUGAUCGCUGAAGAUGAUUUCGAAGUGGGAAUCUUCCUGCGUGAAUCGCGCUCCCGGCAUUCCCUCCUGACGCGAAACAAGACCUUUCACAAGCCGACUAAAGAUGAGAAUCCAGAGAACUCAGCAGCUCAGCUGGGGGACUCUGCGCAAGUUGCAGACACAGAAAUUGUUAUUGAGAGCGAUAGCGAGCCCGAAAUCGACUUGCGCAAUAUUCCCGAAGCGACCGAGGGCGACGAGAGCGUACUGAACACCGAACGGCCCUCACGAAAGAGGAAAAGAAAAGCGGAACUGGAUGCUGAUGACACCCAAAGCAACACAGAUGAGAAAAAGCUUGGAUUCACUACCCACUAUGAAGGGUUUAGUAUCUCCGGAUGGGUCUUGUGUCUGCUAGUCGCGCGCAAGGGCGACCGGACACGGGCGGGUGUGAAGGCCGGCGAGCCAAAUCAGCCUCUGAUGGAGCAGUGGAUCUCAACACAAGCAGAAGGUGUCAGCGCGGACUGA